AUGGAACGGGGAGGUGACGAAGAGGACAUGGUGGCAAAAAUCACGUGCUCACAGACACCAAUUGAAGCAAACACAAGACUCACGACUGUUGAGUUUGACAGAUUGACUGGAGCAGCUGAUGAUCCUGUGCUUGAAGAUAUGUCAGGUUAUCAAAAACUGGUAGGUAAGCUGAUUUACCUUACUAUCACACGCCCAGACAUUUGCUUCCCUGUUCAGGUCCUUAGCCAAUUCAUGCAGCAGCCCAAGAAAUCACACUGGGAAGCAACCUUGAGGGUGGUGAGAUAUAUUAAAAGCAUCCCUGGUUUAGGAAUUUUUCUCAGUCAUAAGCCAGCUACUCGAUUGACUGCCUAUUGCGACUCUAACUGGGGAACAUGCCCCAAUUAG